AUGAGACUUACAAAUUCAUCUUCACCUUUUUCCUCUAUGAUGAAUUUUACUUUUUUUGAUAAUUCAAAUAAUAUAAACCAAAGCCAAGAACUAGAAAGACAAGAGAAACAUAAAAUAUGGAAAGAGAAUACUUCACUUUUAUAUGACAAUAUAAUGACACACAUAAUGGAAUGGCCAUCACUAACAAUAGAAUGGAUGAAAGCUAUCGAUAGUGAAAUGGAUGAGGAGACUGAAGAUGUGAUUUAUAACGAUAAACAAGAUUCUAGUAGAUCUGAGGAAAUAAUCAAAAAUUCUAUACUACUAGGAACUCAUACGUCUGGCAAUGAUCAAGAUUACAUUAUAAUAAUGGAUGUAUUUCAAUCUGCACUAUCACUUCCGCCUGAGCAAAGAGUAUUUGAGACUCAUAAAGACUUUGCAGGUUUCUCCCAAGGACUAAAAGUGAGUCAAAAUCCUCUGUUUAAACAAAGAUUCCUAAUACCGCAUGAAGGAGAGGUUAAUAGAGUUCUUCAUAUGCCUACAAAUACCAGUAUAAUAGCUUCCAAAGCAAUAAAUGGAAAUGUAAAUGUUUAUAAUUUAAGUAAUUACAUUGAACAAGAAAAUACUUUAGAUGUUCUUCAAUUAUUACAUAAAAGUGGAGGUCCUGAAAUUUUGGAUAAAAAUCCUGCAAUUGUUCUAUCAGGUCAUGAGUUAGAAGGAUGGGCAUUGAAUUGGAGUAUGACCAAGAAUGGAUAUUUGGCAAGUGGUUCUGAUGAUGAAAUUAUAUGUGUAUGGGAUAUAUCAUCAAACAUUAAUAGUUCUAAAACUUUAUCUCCUCUUAUCAUGCUAAAAGGACAUCAAAAAAGUGUCCAGGAUUUAAUUUGGCAUCCAUCAAAUGAAAAUAUACUAUUAUCUGUAGGGGAUGAUGGACAAAUAAUAUUAUGGGAUAUUAGAGAAUCUUCAUUUCCUUGUUGCUCUGCAAUUGUAGCUGCUGAUGAAAAUAUGAGACAAUUAAGUCAGAGAGAUGGAGCUGAGAAUACAACAAAGUUAUCUGUGGUAGCUUCUAUUAUAAAUAGUAGCAGUUGUUCAUACUCUUUUAGUAAAUAUGGAAGUUCUAGUAUAAACAAUUUAAAUACUAUAACAAUUAACCCAUUUCAAACAAAUAUUAUUGCUGUUGGAGGGAGCGAUCCUACCAUUGGAAUAUUUGAUAUAAGAAACCUACAAAAAAGAUUACAUUCAAUGCAUGGUCAUAAUGGUCAAAUUAAUCGACUACAUUUCUUAAUAGAAGAUGAGGGACUUCUGGCAUCUGCAUCUUCAGAUAUGACUAUAUCAAUUUGGGACUUAAAAAAAAUUGGUAUGGAACAACGUUUAGAUGAAAUAGAAGAUGGAGUACCUGAAUUAGUUUUUACUCACAGUGGUCAUACAUCUCCAAUUAGCGAUUUCUCAUGUAUGCUUAUAGAUAAUUUCUCAACUACGAGCUUUGUCAGUGUAAGCGAAGAUAAUUAUCUCCAUAUUUGGAAUCCAAGUGAAACUAUUUUUUUUUCUGAUGAUGAAGAUGAGGAGUUCGAAAGGAUAAAGAAUAUACAAGUUGAGUAA